AUGGCACAGCGGUACAAGUGCACAGUAUGCGAAGACAUUGACCUGUGCGGCGGCUGCAUGCGCGCCCUGGUGGCGGCGCGCAUAAAGAUGUCGCAAGAGGCGGGCCCGCUGAGCGCCCCUCCGCGUCAGGCCAAGGGCGGCCGGCCGCGGCGCUGGGUCUCGAAGCUGCACAGCCGCGACCCUGCCCAGAAGUGGGCGGCGCUCCUGACCGCCGUCACUUGCCUGCACCCCUCGCAUAAGUUUGCAAAGGUGGUGGACGGCCCCGAGCGCGCGGUCGUCUUCCUGGCAGGGCAGCAAGAUCAGCAGCUUCCAGGCAGCUGCGGCGGCGCCGCCUCAGGCGGGGGCAGCGGCGGCAGCGAUGGUCACGGAGCGGUGCCGCAAGGGCCGACGGGCGAUUGUCGGGGUGCGGUGGAGGGUGGCGACCCCGCCGCAGCUGCCAGCAGUGGUGAACCUCGUGGGGACUGCAGCCUGGAGCGCUUCCUGGCCACGUUCAGGCCGUCGGCGGCCAGCUGUCGCGACGUGGCUUGGAUCGUGGUGGAGCACGCAGAUGCUGACAAAGCUGAAGAGCAGCAGCAGCAGCAGCAGCAGCAGCAGCAGCAGCAGCAGCAGCAAGAACAGCGGUCGUCUCUGCCCGAGCAGGGGCAGCGGCGCCACGAGCACCAGGCACAGCGGCCGGCCGGCGCCGGCGGGGGCAGCCUGGAGGAGCGGGUGGAGGCCGCACUGGAGGAGUGGGAUGAGAUCACAGGCAGCGGCCGGGCGCCGACCGCGGCAGACGUGGAGGCCCUCGCGCGGCGCCACCGCAUCCUGAAGGGCAAGUGGAUGCUCUUCGCACACACGCCCGCCGAGGCCGACGCGGUGUGGGCCGCGGUCGCGCGCGCGGUGUGCGGCGGGCGGGCGGCGGCGGCGCAGGAAGGGGAUGGGCAGCAGCGGACCGCCGGCCCCGACGAGCGGGAAUCCAGCACGCAGGCCGGGCGGCUGUGCGGCUCUGCCAAGGUCAGCAGCACUGGGCCUGCGGGCGAGGACUCGAGGUGGGUGCUGUGCGUGUACACCGAUGACUACACCGAUGCGUCUGACGUGGCGCGCGUGCGCGAGGGCCUGCAGCGGGCCGCGCGCGGGGUGCUUCAGGUUGACCGGCGGCUGCUGUACAAGCCAGAUAUCUACACGCACCUGGGGAUAUAUUCCAAGAACGAGUGGCGGCUGAGGCCGACUGUGUACGAGGCGCGCGUGUAG